AAAAGUCCAAAACCAUCCAUAACCCAAAAAGAGUCACUUCCGUGUCACAAGAAACAACACACAUAGAACAGAAGAAACCAUGAAACCUUCUCUCCAUCAACCACUUCUCUUCUUCUUCUUAGCCACCGUCCUCCCAUUAUUCCUGACCGUCCAUUCUCAAUCAGACGACUCAGAUUUCAUCCGCACGAGCUGCAACACCACAUUAUACCCUGACCUAUGCUUCUCCUCUCUUUCCUCCUUCUCUAGCUCUGUCCACAACGAUCCAGCCCUCUUGGCUCGAGCCGCCAUCUCCCCGGAGAGCAACGAAGAUGGUGCCCACCACCCAACCGCAGCAGCCGUUUUCCAUGACUGCUUCGACAAUCUUAAAGACGCAGUCGAAGAGAUGAGAGGCUCCAUGAAACAGAUGAGGGAGCUGGUCUCGACUGGCUCGCUCGAGUCCUUUAGGUUCCAGAUGAGUAACGUGCAGACGUGGCUCAGUGCGGCUUUAACCGAUGAGGAGACUUGUACGGACGGGUUUAAAGACAUUCACGAUGAGCCGAGGAAAGAUGACGUGUGCGCACGGGUCGAUGACGUCAAAAAGAUGACUAGUAAUGCGUUGGCUCUAGUUAAUCGAUGUGUUGAUAAGGCGAUCCAUUGAGCAUUCUAUCAAUUAAUCACCAAAUAUUCUUCUUCUUUUUUUCUUUUACUUGAAAAAGAAAUUAUUGUUUUGGUUCUCACGCGUGCAUGAUAGAGUCAUAGAGAUAUAAUAAGAUAAGCCUGUUUGUUAUUGGCUGUAAUGAAAUAGUGAUAUUAUG